AUGGUUACAGCCACAACUACAGCCACAACCUCAACAGUCCCGACCCCGGCCACAAAGCUUCGCUCACUUGAGCUGGUAAAUGGCAAGGUGGUCGAGUUUAUCUCAAACGACGCCAUCGAAGCCGACUACGUGCCAGUGAUCGAUGUCUCCCGCAUGUACAGCUCAGACCUCUCUGAACGACAAGCUCUUGCGAAAGAAAUUGGCCAUGCGGCGCGCAAUGUGGGCUUCUUGACCAUUGCGAACCACGGGGUCGACAUGGCACUUGCCAAAGCGGUUUUCAAGCAGGCGAGGGAGUUCUUCGGUCAGGAGACGGAAAAGAAGAUGCAAGUGUACACAGGCCUUAUGCCCAAUGAAUACAUUGGCUACCACCCAAUGCAUGAGUAUAAUGCCAACGACAAAAAGUAUCAGGAUCUGUAUGAGGCGUAUAACUGGAAUUUUGAGGAGGAUGCCAGUGCAACCGAAGACGGCUCGAUGCCGCCACCCGUUUCCAAUCUCUGGCCGGGAGACUUGCCUGAAUUUCGAAAGACACUCGCAACGUAUCAAGCGGCCUUGGUCGGACUUGCUCGUCGCAUGACGCGCAUGUUUGCCUUGGCAUUGCAGCUGCCCGAGACGGCAUUUGAUGACUAUGUCAAGACGCCCGAGGCAUCGAUGCGCAUCCUACACUAUCCCAUCCAGCAGGCGUCCCGCGACGACCAAAAUGGCAUCGGCGCUCAUACGGACGUCGAGCACUUCACCAUGAUCACGCAGGACUGUGACGGCCUGGAGGUGUUGCGCAAGGACGGACAGUGGGUCAAGGUGCGGCCGGUGGCGGACUCGUUCGUCGUCAACAUUGCCGACUGCUUCAUGCGCCAGACCAACGACACCUUUGUGAGCACAGUGCACCGCGUCAUCAACACAGGCCGCAAGGCACGCUACUCGUGCCCAUUUUUCUUCGGAUUCAAUCGUGUCACGGUCAUGACACCCAUCCCAUCGUGUGUCAGCGACUCGAACCCGCACAAGUACCCGGUCACAACGGCGGGCGAGUACUACCUGUGGCGCACGAAGCGGCAGAAGGAACGUGGGUUGGGCGCACGCACAGCGAAGCCAAACUAG